AGAACGCUCGCACUCGCUGCGGUUAAUCGUGCGGUGUUUAUUUUGCUAGGCCAGAUUAUUUUAAUUUUACUGGAUAAAAUAACUGAAUAAGUUCCGAUAUAGUGCGAUUGGCUUAUUCAUAUUCAACCGACGAGAAUGACGUCGAUUAUAAAAUUGCAUGCCAUUUCUGGUGCAAUGGAUGAAUCCCCUCCGUGCUACAUCCUACAGGUCGACGAGGUUCGCUUCUUGCUGGAUUGUGGAUGGGAUGAGAAAUUCGAUCCCAAUUUCAUUAAGGAACUGAAAAAAUAUGUGCACACAAUUGACGCCGUGUUACUUUCCUACCCGGAUGGAUUGCAUUUGGGAGCGCUGCCCUAUCUGGUCGGAAAGUUGGGACUGAACUGCCCGAUCUACGCCACGAUUCCGGUGUACAAGAUGGGUCAGAUGUUUAUGUACGAUCUGUUCAUGUCGCACUACAAUAUGUACGACUUCGAUCUGUUCACACUGGACGAUGUGGAUGCGGCAUUCGAUCGAAUCAUUCAGCUGAAGUACAAUCAAAGCGUUUCGUUGAAAGGUAAAGGAUACGGCAUAACCAUUACGCCGCUGCCAGCUGGGCACUUGAUUGGGGGUACCAUUUGGAAGGUAAUGAAGGUCGGCGAGGAGGAUAUCGUGUAUGCAACUGAUUUUAACCACAAGAAAGAGCGACAUCUGAAUAGCUGUGAGCUGGAAAAAUUACAAAGGCCGUCGCUGCUUAUCACAGAUGCUUACAAUGCAAAAUAUCAGCAAGCGCGGCGUAGGGCUCGUGAUGAAAAAUUCAUGACCAAUAUCCUGCAAACGUUAAGGAACAACGGAAAUGUUUUGGUAACGGUCGACACGGCUGGUCGGGUGCUGGAAUUGGCGCAUAUGUUGGACCAGCUGUGGAAGAACAAAGAGUCCGGCUUGAUGGCGUAUUCUUUGGCAUUGUUGAACAACGUAAGCUACAAUGUUGUGGAAUUCGCCAAAAGCCAAAUUGAGUGGAUGAGUGACAAGCUCAUGAAGAGUUUUGAGGGCGCGCGGAACAACCCGUUCCAGUUCAAACAUUUACGGUUGUGUCACACCAUGGCGGAAUUGGCGAAGGUACCCAGCCCGAAGGUGGUGCUGGCAAGUUCCGUAGACAUGGAGAGUGGAUUUUCGAGAGAACUGUUCGUACAGUGGGCAUCCAAUGUCAAUAACAGCAUUAUCAUUACCUGCAGGUCUUCUCCGGGUACGCUGGCCAGAGACCUGAUUGAAAACGGUGGCAAUGGUCGUAAAAUAGAACUGGACGUUCGGCGACGUGUCGAGUUAGAGGGUGCUGAACUGGAGGAAUACAUGAGAACCGAGGGAGAGAAGCAUAACCGAUCAAUCAUCAAGAGUGACAUGGAUUUAGACAGUAGCUCCGACUCGGAUGACGAAUUAGAGAUGCGCAUAAUCACAGGAAAGCACGAUAUUGUUGUUCGUCCAGAAGGUCGUUCUCACACCGGGUUCUUCAAGUCAAGUAAAAAGCAGUACGCAAUGUUCCCGUUCCACGAAGAAAAGAUCAAAUUCGACGAAUACGGUGAAAUAAUUCAACCCGACGAUUACAAGAUGAUUGACCUAGGCCCAGAGGGUGGCUUUGAGGAUAACAAGGAAAAUCAAAUUAAACCCGAAGACAUUAAGAAGGAAAAAGAUGAAGAGCUCUCGCUACUGGAUAAGCCAACUAAAUGUAUCAGCAGUCGUAAAUUGGUGGAGAUCAACGCUCAGGUGCAGUUCAUCGAUUUUGAAGGACGUUCGGAUGGGGAGUCAAUGUUGAAGAUUCUAUCACAGCUUCGUCCACGCCGAGUUGUGGUGAUUCGUGGGUCACCCCAGAAUACUGCCCUCAUUGGCGAGCACUGUCAACUGAACAUCGGAGCCAGGGUGUUCACACCAAACAGGGGAGAGAUAAUUGACGCCACCACCGAGACCCACAUCUACCAGGUACGGCUAACUGAAGCGUUGAUUUCGCAGAUGGAUUUUCAGAAGGGAAAGGACGCCGAAGUCGCUUGGGUUGAUGCGCAGAUUGUCAUUCGUAACAAGCAGUUCACGACGCAAGGUGCUGAUGUUGAUGUGAGUGGGCCUUUAAGUGGUACAACAAAUAACGCUACCACCAAUAAUGCGAUCGCCGCUGCAGCAGCUGCUGCUUCGGAUUUGCCGAUGGACGUCGACCAAACAGAAGGCAAUGACGACAAAAGCGAUCGGCAGAUUCUGACACUCGAACCAUUGAAGUACGACGAAUUACCGGCCCACAACUCGGUAUUUAUCAACGAGCUCAAGUUGAUCGAUUUCAAGCAGGUGCUGAUGAAGGCGAACAUCAGCUCGGAGUUUUCGGGCGGUGUCCUUUGGUGUAGCAAUGGAACAGUAGCGUUGCGACGAGUUGACACAGGAAAGGUUACCGUUGAAGGAUGCUUAUCGGAGGAAUAUUAUAAAAUUCGAGAAUUAUUGUACGACCAGUAUGCUAUUGUUUAGAAUGAAAAUGGAAUAAACAUCAUAAAGUGGUACGGAGCAAGAUAAAUGCUCCCAUCCCCCCUAA